CCAUUUCCCCCCUUUCAUGCAGCUUCCGCCCGCAGCGCUCCGCACCGUGCCCUGAGCUGUGCUCUGUCCCAUCCACACUGUGCUGCCUGGGGCUGGAUGCUGGCUGUCCCCGCUCCAGCUGUACUUUGUCACACGGGCACAGCGGCCACGGAGUCCCAAGGCCGACGGGAGGAAGGCAGGAGAGAAGACAGGAGCGCUUUCCACCUUGAGCCCUGCACCAAGGCUGAGGCUCCCAUCCCUCCCUGCAAGCAUCCACCAUGAGAAGACCCCCAGGAGCCCGCUGCUGCCCCCCAGCCCUGAUGCUGUGCUCGGGACGCUGUGCCCGCAGCACCGGGCUGCUCCUCACUCUGCUCACCGUGCUGCUGCUGCUGCUCCUGCCGCUGCCCACACAGCGCAGCCUAUGGCUCCAGCUCUCCAGGAUUCCUGUCCACCAUAGAGCCACAACCACAGCAGCCCCGCAGCAGGUGACACAGGCAGCACAGCCAUCCCCUGUCCCCAGCAUGCCACCAGACCUCGGGGACACAUAUGGGCAGGAUGAGACCUACAGCAGCUCGGGCUGUCCCAAGAGCAUCAGGAAGAGAAUUGGGGCCACCGAGUUUGGGGACACUUUCCUGCCCACCAUCCCGGUGCUGCAGUGGGCACGGCACGCACAGGAGGAUGAGUAUCAGCGGCUGCGCCGAUACGGGGGGGCUCACGGCUGGAAGGACAUCCGCUGGGAUGUGCUGAAGUCAUCCCUGUCCCUCCUCAACGCCUCGAGCAGCGCUCUGCUCUUUGAUACCCGCCCUCUGGCCGCAAGUUGCAUCCGCUGUGCCGUGGUGGGCAAUGGGGGCAUCCUCCACGGCUCCGGCAUGGGCCCCACCAUUGAUGCUCAUGACUACGUGUUCAGGGUGAACGGGGCCAUCACGGAGGGCUUUGAGCACGAUGUUGGCAGCAGGACGUCCUUCUACGUCUUCUCCACCAACACCAUGGUGAACGCGCUGCACAGCUACGCCUCCGAUGGCUUCCGGCAUCCACCCCAAACACCGGAAACUUGCUAUGUCUUCCUCCCAGACCACGACCGUGACUACCUGCUGCUGCGGGCGGCCCUGAGCCAGCAGCGUGUGGACAGCGGUCGGGAUGAGGGGGUCCGCCCCCAGGAAUUCUUCGGGGAGGACCUGCAGGUGGGGAAAUUUAGGAUGCUGCACCCAGAUUUCAUCCGCUACCUCAGGAACCGAUUCCUCCGUUCCCACAUCCUGGCCACCCCACUCUGGCAGCUGUACCGGCCCUCCACCGGCGCCGUGAUGCUGCUGACCGCCAUCCACACCUGUGACCAGGUUAGUGCCUUUGGGUUCAUGACACCGGGCUACCGGGCGUACUCAGAUCACUACUUCGACCGUGGGCACAAGGAGGUGCAGUUCUUCAUCAACCAUGACCUGAGGAUGGAGAUGCAGCUGUGGCAGCGACUGCAGCGCAGCGGGAUCCUGUGGCUCUACACCGGCUCAGAGGGGACGUGAUGCUGUCAGGGGGCUGGGUGUGCUGCUGGGACCUGUGAGUGAGGAGCUGGGACUCGAGCAGAGUUUGUGAUGAGUUUUGCCAGGCCCUGCACAGCUCUGCUGUGGGGUAAAAUUAAUGAAUCACGUGAAUCUGA